GCAGGCGCAGACCGGCGAGGGCGGAAGUGAGAGCCACUGCGGGGAGGUGGGGGCCGCCGCGCUGUCGGUGAGGUGGGCGAGCGUCCGACAUGGCGCCCCCCGGGAGUCCCGUGCUUCCCCUGACAGUCUCGGUGCUGUUGCUUUGGGGGGCUCCCUGCACUUACGGGCGGAGGAGCGACGUGCGCGUCAUCACCGACGAGAACUGGAGAGAGUUGCUGGAAGGAGAGUGGAUGAUAGAAUUUUAUGCUCCAUGGUGUCCUGCUUGUCAGAAUCUUCAACCAGAAUGGGAAAGUUUUGCUGAAUGGGGAGAAGAUCUUGAAGUGAAUGUUGGAAAAGUAGAUGUCACGGAGCAGACAGGACUGAGUGGACGGUUUAUCAUAACUGCCCUUCCUACUAUAUAUCAUUGUAAAGAUGGUGAAUUUAGGCGCUAUCAGGGGCCAAGGAGCAAGAAGGACUUUAUAAAUUUCAUAAGUGAGAAAGAGUGGAAGAGCAUUGAGCCUGUUUCAUCAUGGUUUGGUCCUGGUUCUGUUCUGAUGAGUAGUAUGUCAGCACUCUUUCAGCUAUCUAUGUAUAUCAGGACUUGUCAUAACUAUUUUAUUGAAGACCUUGGAUUGCCGGUUUGGGGAUCAUAUACAGUUUUUGCUUUAGCAACACUGCUUUCAGGACUGUUGUUAGGACUUUGCAUGAUAUUUUUAGCUGAUUGCCUUUGUCCUUCAAAACGACGCAGACCACAGCCCUACCCUUCAAAGAAAUCAUUGCCAGAAUUUUCUCAACCUUUGAAAAAAGUGGAAGAAGAACAAGAAGCUGAUGAGGAAGAUGUUUCAGAAGAGGAAGCCAAAAAUGGAGGGGGAGCAAAGACAGACUUUGUACAGGCAGAUGCCCUAAGACAGCGUGCGGUGGGCCCCUCGCAGGCCGCAGAUCAGUCCUAGUUCAUUUUGAUACCUCUCUCAGUACUACGAUUUCGGCAGAAACUGAAGAUGGAUCAUUUCUUUUGGUUUGAAGUGAACUGUGACUUGCUUGUAUAAUGCAGGGUCCAGUCUAGUUUGUCAUUAAUUGAGCAGUCUUCAGAAAAUAAAAGCACUAGUUAUAAAAACUUGAAGUAUGAUUUAAGGACAGUAUGGUGGUUUCAACAGUUUUUACAUUUUGGAAAAAUCUAGUGCCAAGCAAUAAGAUUUGUGUGUUUAUUUUAUAAUUACCUGUUUGAAGUCUGAGCUGAAAAGUUAUGUUUCUCAAGUAUUACAUUAUGGAGUAUUUAAGAUCCUUACGUUAGAGAAAAAAGAUUUCUCACUUGAUAUAAUUUUUCUCAGUUUCACUGUGUGAAAAAAAAGAACAUAUUUCCCAUAAAUGGGAACUUUGCCCGUUGUCUCAAGAAAUGUGUAUUUCAAUAACAGUUCUGGUCUUUUUAGAGACAUGAUCCAAAAUCUCAUAUUUUUAGAUUAUGCAACUAAUAAUAACUACUUUAAUUACAGUUUUCUACACAUGGUAAUAGAGGAAAUGCUACUACUGAUCACAGAGGUUUUUCUAAGUCCCUGAUAACUUUCUCAGUUCUCACAAAAGUUGAUGGCUGCUUUUGUUCCCUCUGUGUGUGUUUUAUUUUCUUGGUGGCCAAGGGUCACCUUUUUCAAAUUGAAUGAUGUGAACAGUAUCACUGUUGUAUUUACUGUGGGUGAAUAAUUCUUUUCUGUUGUUUCAAACUGAAAUUUACUGAGGGAGCCAUCAAGUUGAAUUGUCGAUAAUUUUGGCCACUUUUUUCACUUUUAUGUCACUCUUGAUAAAAGUGUCUUUUAAUUUUUCUUUUCUGUUUUAUGGUUAUGGAAGGUGAACAUUCCUGAUUUUUAUUUGAUGUGGAAAAGCCUUGGUGUUUCACAUUUUGAAAAUUCACUGCAGCUUAAUUUGAUAUAAAAUAAAGUAUGCAUUCUACUCAGGAAAAAGCAUCUUUUAGUACAUGUUUUCGGUAAAAGUUUGCCCUUGUGUACAGAUAAGUCUUAAUUGGUUUCAUAGUCAAUGUAUGCUUGAUGUUUUAAAGUUACAACUUUCUUUGUGUUUUUAAAAAGACAGACUUCUUAUUCUGCUGGUAACACUACAUGACACUUCACAUGGGGCAGUCAGUGUGGUGGAAUGUGUCAUUUAUUUUCAUUCCUUUAUGAGUGAGCACACACGUUGCACUAUGGAGUAAGAGGAGUGUGAUAGACCGUCAGCCGCAAGAAGGGGAAGCAAACCGGAAACACUCUGAAUCACCUGACCAUUAUGUAAUGAACGAUUUCUGUCAUGUUCCCUUUUUUCUAGACCCUCUUGCUGCUGAAUUCAUUAAACUUACUGUGUCGUAAAGCACAA